GGGCAUUAUAACGGGGAGCCGUGCAGUGAGUGAGAGCGACAGAGACCAACAGGGGGAGAGUGAGAGAGAGAGAGAAAAGAGAGCGAGUGGGAGGGAGGGAGACUGGAACUCUAUUCCACACAGACAAACCCACAGAGGCUCGCAAAAAGCCGUCUUGCCUGCAACACACUCACUCUCUUCCUAACACCGCUUGCAGUGGAUUCUCCAUCUUACUACAUAUGUCUGCAGGCCAUUUAGUAGAGAAGCCAGCCCUACCCGCCUCAGGGGUCAGAAGAAUAGAGAACAACAUGUGACAAUCACUGCUUCGCAGUCGACAGCAUGCUUCGAUUCCUUUGGACCAUGGCUCUCUUCUUCUGGUAUUAUUUGCUACUUCACAGCCGAGCUCUGGCCGACGAAGAGGCCACUGGGGAACUGACACCAUCAAGCAAAAAUUCUCCUGAAGAGAAAUCUAGCAUUUACUCGUGGCUUCCAUCCAUGCCCAAGUUUUCCUCCAUACCAACAUUUGGCAUUUUUGGGAGCUCAGGUGGCAAAAAUGAAGAUGCUGUCUCAACUACAACUACCAAAGGGGUAACAGAACUAAUCGGUCUCUUUCAAGACCACACGGGAUCAGGAGAAGGAAGCAAUUCUGAGGAAUCUCAACAAACCACAACAUUGGCUCAAGGGCACUUUAUGAGUGUGACAAAGAUAAGAACUGAGCCACCUCCCACUGGGACAUCAGAUUUGCCAUACAGCAGCAUUGCUCAGAGCAACACUGAGACUUUUGUUUCUCCCACAAGCAGCCAUAUCAGAAAUACUCAGUUCACAAACAGUCCUCACAGAAGUAACACUCCUGAACAAAACACAACGCAUAUGCUAACACCAUGGAGAUCCACAUCAGCAGAAACUUCUAUCACAGGUGCCACUGAAAAUCCCCUCCCCAAUAGUGUUUACCGGGAGACCAUCUUUCAUACAGAAAGGAUUUCUUCAACAAUCCCACCAGAAACUACAGUUCCCACUGCCCUGACAUGGAAAACAGUCCAAACCACAACACCCAACCCGGGACUGGUGGAGACUAUUCAAACCAGCACACACCUUCUGGGGCAUGAUACUCUUCCAGCCAUUUCAGAAAGUAAUUUUGUUGGGGAACAAGAAGAUUUAUCUGUUAGUGUUAAAGAAACAUCAGAAAUUCACUCCACACAAAGUAACUGGAACUUGGGCUUGUCUGAGAUUAGUCUGGUGAACACUGAGCAGCAGCCAGGGGUUACUUCGACUUAUCUAAAGACAGGUCCUACCAUGGUAGAAGGCACAACCUCAGACAUUAACCCCACACAGAACCCUUUAGACUUUAGUUUCUCUGAGACCAGUACGGUGAACUUCGAACAACAUUCAGAAGUAUUUUCUGCUGCCCUCAAGACGGAUCAUAACUUAGAAGUGGUCAGGACAACAUCAGAACUAUACCACAUACAAAACUACUUAGACUUGGGCUUCUCUGAGACCACUAUGAUGAUUGAUAAACAAGAGCCAGGAGUUUUCUCUUCUACCCUCAGGAAGGAUUCAAAUUUAGUGGUGGCGACCACGAAAGCAGAAAUCCAGACUACACAAAGCCAUUUGAACUUGGGCUUCUCUAAGACGAGUAUGGUGAAUGCUGCACAACAGCCUCAAGUAUUCUCUACCACCCUCUGGAUCGAUCGUAAUUUAGCUGUGGAAUCCAUACCAAGCACGACUCAAAGCCAAAGGGCCAACUUUCCAAUUGUAGAAGAGCUACCAGGCAAAGAGACUAAGGAAGAGGAGGAAGCUGUGGUUACUUCAACUACAGACGGGGAUGCUGACACACCUUUGACAGACACUUCCACAUCAUCUGCUCAGCUACAGAAAACAUCCACGGAACACAACACAGGUAUUCCCUCUGAAUCUCCAUCAUUACUUCUGUACACUGAAGACUGGACAUCUAACCUACCAAACAGUGACAGCACCUUACUUCCAGACUGCAAUAAGGAACGCUCUGGAAUCUGCAACCUCUCCUACACCUGGGAUGCCACUACUUCCCUGAGAAUGAAACCCACACAAAAUAUCACUGCCACAAACCAGUCAACCAACGCCUUCCUAAUCCCAGCUACACCCAUGUUGGUGCCCUUAUACACUGACUGGAACAGUGCCAUAGCGGCCUGGGGCCUGGCAUGGGAGGCCCAUGUCUAUGGUGCAGGGGGAGUCUUUGCAGUGCUAACACUCACCUCUGCACUCAAUCUGCUUUGCUUGCCACUGAGAUGUCCAUCUGGGUGUGGCUAUUUUGCUCUAGUCAGCCUGUUCCUUCUAGCUGCUGCAUGCACCAGGUCCUUCUCCCUUCUUUAUGAUGCCUAUGGCCACCAGGAUCGCAUAUCCUCCACAGAGGCAUCGCUCAUGCUCUUUGAAGCACCUUUUCCCUGUCUUACUGCAGCUUUCGGUUUGGUUUUUCUUCUCCUCUCAAUGCGCUCAAGAAUGCAGCUCUCAUAUUCAGCCUUUCAGAGACCCUGUUUCCUGGCCUGUCUAGUUGUCUUGCACUUUGCUGCUGCAUUUGGUCCAGUGACUUUCUUGAAGUUCUACCGGCAAACGCCCCCUUUGUGCCUCUUUCUGUCGCUGAUCUCUCGUGGAGCCUUUGUGGCACUCGCAACAUUUCUAUCUGCUGCCUAUUUUGUUUUCUAUAUCUAUGUUCGGGCAGACUCAAAACACAUCUAUCAUCUAAACAACACAUCUCCAACACCAGCUGAACGCUACAACCGCUGCCCAUUUGCUGAGAGUCGGGAUUGGAACCGUGCAGCUAUAACCGUUUGUCUUUCAGCAUUGUUUACUUUAGCUUGUGCAGGACUGCAGUUUUAUGCAAUGCUUAAUGCUAUGGGUGUUAUUGGUGGGCAGGAGGUCUUCUACCCUUGGCCCUGGUGGGCCUUCCAGUUUAGCUGUAGACUGUGUGAACUUUUGGUCUGUUUCACCUUAGCUUUAGUGGUUGCUCAACCAGUUUUUUGUUCCGACCAGCUUCCAGCAGCUGGAAGUUGUUGGACUGAACUCCUAGCAUCCAAGUCCCCCAUCCUGCCUGGGACCUACCAGUGGACACUCAGCCAGCAGGAGAAGCUUGCUAUUGUUGACACUGUUGGACUUGGAGAGACAGAAAGCCUUCCACUUUACACUCUGAUGGAUGAGAGGCUUGGAAGCAGCCUGAAUGGCUUGGACCUCCUCUACCACAGCAACCGGGCCUUAGUAUAUCGAGAUCUUGACUUGGAUUUAGGGUUAUUGGGUUCAGAAAAACCUGAGGACGGGGGAGGCAGAGAGCCCUCAGGUGGAUCUUCAUUUUCAAGCGACUCCACUGCAGACCUGCGACCCCCUUCACCAAUCAACUUGCGCCGUAGCAUAGACGAAGCACUGUUCAGUGAAGCAUUGUUUCCCAUGAGCCUCUUCAGUCCUGUUAGACCUAUUCGCUGCAGUGACACAUCUGUAAACAACCACUGGACGCUUCCAAGCAAUGGCCCCUGUGAUCCUCUCUCCACCGACUCCAGUCUUUAUCGACCCUCAUCCUGCCUUGAAAUGGCCACUCAGCUACAGUUUUCUGCCAGCCAGUCUCAAGGCGUAGCCACAGAAGGGGCUCCAACAUCUCCCUCCACAGGCUCAUCCUCCAGCAAUUCAUCAGCUGAACGUUGGAGAAGCAGUUCCUCGUCCUGCUCUCUGUACCGUGCCUCUCUUGAUGGCUCCUCUCUUGUUCUUUGCCCAAGUUCAGAGAGACAUACAAGGCAGCUUCCACAGGAAGGCUCAAAUGUGGCCUCCCAUAACCCACAAAGACACUACCAAGCUCUGGGAGCUGCCUCACAGGAAAGCCUGAACCUGUCAACUGAGACAGAUCGAUCUGUGCAGCAGGAAUUCAUUACAGUUUGCAGACAAAUGGAUUCCUUAAGCAUCUGCAGUGAGACUAUAGAUUUAUAAAAACAGACUCUUAUUAAGAGGGACCUGAAAUGAGUGUCUGCUUUGUGCAGCAAGAUGAUUGAAAUUUGAAAUGAUAUUUGAUAGUGCAUGUCAGCUUUAUGUACUUCUUAAACACGAUAGCUGCAAAAAUGUUUCAGGAGGUUUGAUAAGACUUCUUGAGGAUUUAGUGAAUGUUCCUGUGAGUCUAAGUGCCAAGACUGUCAAAAGCCAAGAGACUGUUUGUAAAUUUUACAUGUCUUAUAAAAGCAGGUGAUGGUAGUUAAAUUAAGAGUUACUUUUAUUAAGGGGUGAUAUAAUAAGGAGGUAUUUGUACAAAUGUUUUUAUGGCAUUCCAACAUUCCAAUAGGUUGUACUGUGACAAAUAUAAGCUCUUACCUGCUACUGUUGUAAUAACCUACAUAAGUUUAGUUAUUAUAACAAAUACUUAGUCUGGAUGUUUUUUUUCCAAAUGUAAACAUCUCAUAUCUACAUGUUUCUCUGAGGCAUGGUGCAGCAGUGCCCUCUGCUGGCAUGUGAGAGUAUAUUUAGAAUCUGUUUCAAUACAGUGUUGUAAGAGUGUGUUAGCUCCUUACAGAUUUCAUCAGUAUUUGCUUGUUUUUUGCCACACAUAAAUGUUUCAAAUAAUCAAACAAAUCUUGAUGUUAGGUAAAGAUAAAAUAUUAAUAUAAAAUUCACUUUUCAAAUGAGAUAAUUUAAAAAAAAAAAAAAAAAGGUUCUCCAAACCAAUCUGGCCCUGUGUGAAAAAGUAUUAGAACGGUAAACCUUAUAAUUGUGAAAACCUUCGUUGCAAUAAGUUCCAUUAAGAGCUUGGAGCAUAUACUGUAUGCUAAGAAUUUAAAAGAAAUUGUCAGAACUCACAGAUAUCUGUUUAAUCACUUGGAGAGAUUGGUGCUGCUGUUUUUUCUUCUGGUUAAGGGAAGCAGAAAAUACAAAGUCCAGUAUUUCACUAGAGUUGGAAGUCAACUCCCCCUUGCUGUAGAUGGUGCAGCAAUGAGCUGGAAGUGGGUCAUGAGUGAACUGAAAUGAGAAACAAAAAACACAGCAUGCUACAAAGACUUUAAAACUAUACAGUAUAAUCAGUUACAAUUGAGGAUAUCAAACUUACCGUUCACUGGAAUUCAAGAUCCAAUGUUCCGUCCUUCAAUGUUAGUGCAAGUAACUUGCAGCAAUCCUAAAGAGGUAAAAAAAAAAUAUUUAUUUACAAGGAUAAUAUCUUAAAAGCCUUUGUUGUAUCAUUAACAUUUUUAUUUAAUUAUACAGUGGUAGUGAAUUAACAUAGUUCAAAAAGAGAGGGGUACUAUUUGUUGAAGUCUGUGUUAUGACUAUUUAGAGCUACAUUUAUAGCAUAAUACAGCAAAUAAAGUUAGAUGCUCAAACAGACCUUUUAAAGAACAAAACAUCCAGUCACUGUACGUUGUCUAAAUUUGCCUGUAAUUUAGCUUUGUAACUUUGAGAGUUAAAAUUUGAUGGAGUCAAAUAAAGAUUAUUGUCCAAGUAAGCUGUUUUUAAUCAUGUUAGCCUUUUACCUGAGGAAGUUCACUACCCAACUGAAGCAGGUCAUGCCAACCUGCUGUGUGCCUAAAUUAGUUUAUGUGUCAAGUCAACACUACUUACCACGUGUUAGUUUCUGUCGGGGUUUUUUUUAACACUAAAAGGUAUACUUACGUUGAAAAUGCCGCUCUCACUAUUUUUGCACUAGGUGAGGGUUUGAGAAAUGGGGCCCCUUCAGGGAGUUCUGCGCAUGUCGACCUCGGUGGUUGAAAACUCUCAGGCUGCUGAUGUUAGUUCAGUAAAAUUGAUCAAAAUGCCCAUUUCGUCAGACAGAAAUCAGGAAGAGGUCUGGAUAAUAUAAAGUGAAUCAAGAAUUGUGUUAACAGCUUAUUCAUGUUCUAACACAGAUUGGUUUUGAGAGCUGGUUUCCUUUGCUAAAUUAAAGUUUGAUUACUGGGUUCGGUUUGCUCUGGUUGUCUGUCAGAAAUAUUUCGUUUGAUUAACCAAAACAUUUCUGUGUGACAAAAAAAGGAGAUCUGUACUUUUUCACAGCACUGUACAGUCCUCUGACUGGCAUAUUAAUUUAAGUUGAAAUAAAGCGUUAAAUAUUUGUCUUCUUUUUCUUAAAAUUAAACAUAAAUCUCAUUGAAAAGAAAAGAAAGAAAGACAGCAGCUCAUGCACAGUAUUGUAUUUAUUUAUUUUAACAUAUUAAAAACAGCAAAAGCAACUUUCCUCUUAUGAGAGUUUUUACUGUAAACAUAUCCUAAAAUGAUCUUCUUCAAAACCCCCUGAUGGAUAAUAACUGAAGAUUUCCCCAUCAGUUUACAAAAAAAGAGAGAGAAGGUUUUUGGUUGCAAAAUGUGUCACUCUGUGUCAACAAUCGCUGAAAACUGAAAUUUAUACAGAGAAACAUUAAUAAAAUGUCAGUUGUGCUUUGUGGAUGGACUAACAGGACUCAGUACUUCACAAUUAAGACAUUCUGGACAGCUGAAUGACCUGUUUUAAAUAGGGAAUCUGGAAUAAAUAAGCAGAUUCUUCAAACUUAUUGUAGGCAUUUGUUUUCUGCAGUCAGUCAUGUACAUUUUUCUUGAAAGUCAUUGUAGCUGCAAGCACUGUUAGUUCACCUUGUGUGGGAUGGAGAAACUUCGUAGGGUUAGAGAGAAAAAAAAAGAAAAGAAAAAAAGUCCAGUAAAAGUAUGGCAAGGAUAUCCACUUUGAACAAUUUCUAACUCCAACAUCAACCGAACGACGAACAAAGAUACUCAAAUAAAAUGUGGCAAGAACGUGUCGCUAUUCACUGCGCCGACGUGUCCAUCUCUAUUUCAAGGCAUACCUCUGGUGAACAGAUAAAAACGCAACAAUCCAUGCCUGACGGGAAAAAAAUAAAUGAGCUAACUGCCGCAACAGUUUUGGUACUAAGGUUUAAAAAAAUUCAAAUAAAAAGAAGUGUAGAUACACUUGGCAGUAUGUUUGCGAUCUAAGCAGAAUAUAAACACAGCCACGCUUGGCUCAGUGGAAAAAAAACAUGCAUUAUCAAAAACCUUCCAGCUGAAAUCAAAGUCGCCAGGACUCUACAGGUUUAAUAUAAAGAGUUUUUCUCUGAAAACAUAUUCAGAUUACGACCAAGGAAAUAGUCACUUUGAGUGUUUAUGAUUGACCCAUUAUACAUCCUAAACAUAAAUUAUGUUCAUUAGCUUUUGGUGCCCUCCAUGUUAAAUAUACCAACAACACUGAGAUGGGGCACUGCUUAUUUGGCUCAGAAUGAUUGAAUUUCCAAAGAGGAAAAAAAAAAAAA